ACAACAACAAUGGAAGCUGCGGACAGCAGCACCAGCACGCAGCGGGCGUGAAGGCAGGAACCAGCUGGGCUCUGUGUGUUCCCGCUCACUCGCCCGUGCCAGGAGGCUGGAAGGGCAGGGGGUCGUCCAUGAGCUGAGAGGAUUCUGGCGCGGAAAAGUUGCGUUUUCGGGCAGCACUUGUGGCCCCGUAGCCCGCGGACCAGACUCUGAACCGGGGCGAGGACCCCGUUCAAGCACGUCCUCGAGGGGAAACCGGCCUGGAGGGAAACUCGCGUUUGGACUUCGCCCAGCGGACGCCGAGGGCGUCUGAAAGAAGUUUUUGUGGGAAAACUCGUACGGAUUUGCUGUGUGCCACGUGAAAUUCAACCUCAUUUCAAAACAAAAUGCUGCAUGCUCUUCGGCCGCUGCAAAGGAAAACAAACAGAAACUCUUAGCUGGCCUGGGUUUGUGAAAUAAGCUGCAAGCUGGGCUGAGAAGAAGAGACGUUUCAGGCUAAAAUCACAAACAAAUCUGUCAUGGUGUGAAGGGAACAACUGGAAUCUGAACUGAUUAAAAAAAACAAUAUAUGGCAACUGAAAACAAAGGAGAACUGAAUGCUGAUUUUAAAAAUUCUGGAAAAAACUGAACACGCUACACAGGGAUUAAGGCAUCCAAAAACAAGAGAAACAAAAUCCAAACAAACUCACGCAAAGCCACAUUUUUCAGGGGAGUGAUAAGUGGAUUAUACGUCAUAUUCCCAGUUUGGCUCUUCCUCUCUUCCCUUCCCCCCCCCCACAAACAGUUGUUUCUGUCAGACUGGUCUCUCCCAUCUGACACUACCUUUGAGAAAAGAUCAGACACAUGAAGGCACAGCUCUUUUUUUUCUGAUGCAGCUGUCAGGAUCUCGGAUUGGUGGAUUACGACUGAGGUCUCAAUCGUUACUGGAAUAUAACAAUGCUGGAGGAUCAUUCCUGUCCAGGCAGCACUGCUCUACUGGAGUACUCUACUGUACAACUUACUGGAUUUUGCUGAGUUCUAACAAUCUCUUCACAAUCUCAUUAAUCAAAUGAAUCCCUCCUGUCAUGCUUUAUGAACUUCUGUCAAUUCACAAUUGAUUUGUGCUGCUAGGUCUUUUUGCAUUGUCUCUGUCUUGCCCGCUUAUUAGUUUCUGAGUAUUGAGCUGCUUGCAUGAAAAUAUUUAAAUGACUAUCAAAAUUUAAUUGAAUGUUUUAAAUGGCCGUGUUCAAUAUUGCGCGAAUCCUGGAGCGCUUUUGAACUGUGAUUUGUUUUCUGUCUUUUAAAUCCCCCAAAGACCGUUUCAUUUUUAAUUUUUCUUUUUUUGCCCCUAUGUGAGGCUAACACCUGGAUUUCCUUUGAACUGAGCCUCACUCGGGCUUUGUGCUAGACACCCACCUGCUCAACUUUUGUUGACGUUUUCCUGGACGGUUAGCUUGACAUGGCUGUCCAUCCUGCUCCUCUCUGCCUGGUCGUCGCCCUGCUCCUGGGGUCAGCCGCUCUGGCCCAGAACGGCAAACAGGCGGAAGUGGACGGACAGGCAGCCAAUCAGACGGUGGGACCCUCCAGCAGCCCGGAGGUCACCCUGUCGACGCCUGCGGUGGAGACGGAGGACCCGUCCUCGGGCAGCCGCUGCUGGGGCUACUACGACGUGAUGGGCCAGUGGGAUCCGCCCUUCAACUGCAACGCCGGGAUCUACCUGUUCUGCUGCGGCUCCUGCUUCUACCGCUUCUGCUGCCAGUUCAAGCAGCACCGGCUGGACCAGACGUCCUGCUCCAACUACGACACGCCCGUCUGGGCCAACACCGGCAAGCCCUCGUCGCCCGUCACCGAGGUCCAGGAGGAGCCCGACCGGGACCGCACACACAUGAUUGUCUACAUCAUCUGCGGGGUAGUGGCCAUCAUGGUGCUGGUGGGCAUCUUCACCAAGCUCGGACUGGAGAAGAGUCAGGGCGGCCAGACCGACAUGACCAACUCCAGAACGUUGACAGAGCUCCUGAAACAGCCAGGUGGGGAGGCAGGCAUGGACGGUACAGGAGGCAACCCUCCAAUAGGGAGUAACGGAAUCUCUACCAGAGGGCUACGCAACAGCACGGAGCACAACCACCUGAACAACGCCGCCCUGUCCCCGCUUGGCCCAGCGAUGGCGUUGUCGCACCCACACAACAACCUCAACAUGCCUGGCCUGGGCUUCAACAAGUACACCUCCCUCAAGGCUGUGGACUCCAGCUCUAGAGAUUACUACAAGAGUUACCCCAUGAUAGACUACUCCCACCACCAGGCUCAACCUCCAACCUUCCAACCAAUCGCAUUCCACCCCAAGGACAAGUCCUUCCUGCCUCCGCCCGACAUCCACGCCCCAUUGGCCAUCACCAUCUCUCCUGGCCCACUGGCCAAGCCCAAGAUCUCCAAGACCAACACCCACCCUCUCACCUCCAGUUCGGCCUUCAAAGCCUGGGACCCCAGCAAGAUCCACGGCCAGCAUCCUGCCUCCAAUGUGGGGCAGUCCUCCGGCCGGCGCCAGGUCUACUCCAACAAGAGGCAGUAUAGCGUAGAGACGCUCCCGGAGCUGUUCUCUCAGCCCAUGGGGUAUGGACACACAUCCCACCCCAUGCAGCACCACCAGAAAAACAAGGGCCUGCCCACCAACAGCAAGACGGAGGUCACUGUGUGAGAACAGGCGCUCGCAGAUCAAGAGCCGAACUGGGAGAGCGGGGUGCGCUUUGUACGAAGCUGUGGAGGAGCAAGGAGAAGCAUACAAACGUGAUUUUUUUUCCCUUCCCAGAUUUUCCACCCAGGUCAUUAUACAUUCAUAACACCUUCUCUGUUUGAUGGUCUCACAAGCUCUAAGCCUUGGCUUACAAUGCCCCUUGCCCCCUUGUUUUUUCUUUAUCCCAGACUUCCCCUGUCCAUCUCCUUCCUCCUGAAUGUAUCAGUACUCCACCACCCCCCCACCCCCACUGCCCCCAAGCCCUGUCCCAUAACCCCCUUACAGUCACAGCUAUGUAAUUUCAGGCGGUCAGAGCGGCACACACAGGACGAUGACCCCUAGGAAACAUUACAUCAACAAGGAACAAUGGCAUUGUCCUGUCUCCUCCAAUCAGCCUCCUCCAAGGCCGGAGUGCAAGAUCACCCUGGCAACCUAUUCAAAAGAAAGAAACAAAUGUUUGUCUGUCGGGAGGGUGGACGGGGGGUGAAGAAAAAAAAAAAAAAGAUGGGCAAUAUCCCGGAUCCAGAUUCGAAGGGUGUUCAGGGCGCGUGGAAGCUCUUGUGAUUCAGGGCUGGCCGGCGUUCAGGCGAAUUGUGACCAAAAGGAGGGGGGGCAAGCUCAUUCGUUUGGCCGUUUUCAGGCCCCUACCCGGAGUUCUGACGAGAUUUCGCAGUCUCUCCACGAUGCAUGAACGGCAAAGGACACGCCGUACAGGUAUGAAACAAGGUCACUGCACCUCCUUUAAAUCAUGCCACCGGUGUCACCGAGGGCCUGGAACGAUAUUGGGAGCAGGACACAGGUCGCUGGAGAGAGCAGCUGCCGGGAGAGAUGGAUUGGCGUUUAUAGUGAAGGCAAACAGUUUGCGCUUGAGGUCACUUCUGGGUUAGGCUGUGGGUCACAGUCAAUCUUGGGUGUUAUUGUUGACGCUGUAAAUAGAGUGUAGAUUAAAGGUCGUUACAAGGUUGAAAUCUGCACUAAAAUGCCUGGGCCUCCUGUUGACAUCUGUCAACA